AGGCAACCUAACACCAUCUUAAACAAAAGAAAGCCCAUGACGAGGCCCAUGUUGAGAUGUCUGUCUGUGUUUCCUUUCCUUCAACAGACAAGAACGAACCUUCGUCCUGAAUGAACAAUCCCAAGAUCCAUUCCACCACCAAACCAAACUCACCUUCUUCAUUUCAUUCCACAAAUCACAACACUACUCACACAGAACCAUGAACAACGAAACCGAAUUAGUUCAACUUUGCUUAAACGCAGCUUGCAUAACCAGUCAAACCGUUGACAAAUGGCGCUUACAGCGACGCUCUCUCGAUCGCCUACCUUCUCAUCUUGCCGACGCUCUCCUCCGCUGCCUCAUCACUCGCCGUCUCCUCCACCCCUCCCUCCUCGAGGUUUUCAAACACAGUGCGGAAGAGAUUGAUUUGAGAGGCGAUAACUCUGUUGAUGCAGAAUGGAUGGCUUAUUUGGGAGCGUUUCGCCAUUUGCGCUAUUUGAAUAUUGCUGAAUGUCACCGAAUUAAUUCUUCAGCUCUUUGGCCUACUGCAGGAAUGAAUAGUCUUAAAGAGUUGGAUCUAUCUAGAUGCUCCAAAGUUAAUGAUGCUGGAAUUAAUCAUAUACUUUCUAUUCCUAAUUUGGAAAAGUUGCACAUUUCGAAAACUGGUGUUACUGCCAAAGGAAUCAAGCUUCUUGCUUCUCUUAAAAAAUUGUCGCUUCUUGAUUUGGGUGGUUUGCCCGUGGAUGAUGCAGCUUUAGCUUCGCUGCAGGUACUGGAAAAUCUACAACACAUUGAACUCUGGGGUAGUAAAGUAUCAAAUGAAGGCGCUGCCCUUCUUAAUAACUUUCCCAAGUUAACCCAUCUAAAUCUUGAUUGGACCAGUGUCACAAAAUUGCCUAAUUUAUCAGCUCUUGAAUGCCUCAACAUGAGUAAUUGUACUAUUGACUCUAUUCUCAAAGAUGAUAAAUCUCCUUUGACAAAGCUUAUUUUCUCCGGGUCUAAAUUCCUGAAUGAAGCUGAAACCCUAUUGUAUGCAAAUAUAAGUUUCUUGUCCUUUCUGGACUUGGCCCAUACCGGCCUUGACAAAUUCUUCUUCUUAAGUAAACUGAAAGUAAUAGAACAUCUCAAUCUCAGCUCAUGUAUGAUGGAUGAUGAUUCAGUUGAGAUUGUUGCAUGUAUUGGUGGAAAGUUGAAAAGUCUGAAUCUGAGUGGAACUUGUGUUAGCUCGGCUGGAUUAGGGGUUUUAGCUGGACAUGUUCCCAAUCUUGAAAUUCUGUCGCUAUCUCAAACAUCAGUGGAUGAUACUGCCUUCUCAUUUAUCAGCAUGAUGCCUUCAUUGAAGGAUGUUGAUCUGAGCAGUACAAACAUCAAAGUCUUGUCUGGUUUAUCUUCAGGAUUUUUGAACCAGGGAGAGACUGACUCGGACUCUCUCUCUCUUACGACCAUACAAAAUCUUGAACAAUUAGAAAGGCUGAAUUUGGAGCACACUCAAGUCAUCAAUGAAGCUUUAUUCCCUUUAUCAAGCUUCCAAGCGCUGCGAUAUUUAUCUCUUAAAAGUCCUUCACUUGCAGACAUCUCACUUUACCAUCUAUCAUCAGUUCCUAAAUUGACAAAGCUAAGUAUCUGCGAUGCAGUUUUGACCAAUUAUGCUCUUGAAAAGUUUAAGGUUCCUGAAACUCUCAAACUGAUGGACCUCAGAGGUUGUUGGCUCUUAACAAAAGAAGCUAUCUUAUCAUUCUGUAGAAAUCAUCCACAAAUUGAAGUAAGGCAUGAACUUGUUACGGUACUUCCCUUUGAAGAAAUUGGACGUCAUAAUCAUUCAUCUCCAUCUCGAUUAACUUCAAGGACUAUGCAAGCAACUAAGAAGAAAGAACAAACGUCCUUAUCUCCAUCUUUUGUAGAUCAAAGGAUGAAAUAUAGCAGAGAUGAGUUACUUGCAUUUCAGUUUAUGUCUUUGCCUCUUGCAUCCAGUAGUGAGAGGGACAACUCAAUACUUGAGAAGCAAUUGGAUUCAAUGCACAACUCGUCUGCAUGAGGUGAAAUCCGGCAUUUCAUUAGGAGUUGCAGAAUGGGAUUGAUAUUCCAGGCAGUGAUGAAUCGCAGAGCAUCUGAUCGGCCGACUCAAAUUUAUUUAUGCUUUUUAACUUUGGCUGUGCAGUUGAAAUGUAAGUCAUCUUUGAUUGGGUGCUCCACAAUGUGUAACUGCAUAAUUUCUUAAAUAUGGAAAUCCAAAUCUUGCCUGCAGAAAGGCAUUUUUGCUUGUA